UUAUUACAACCUUUAACCCAAUGUCAUUUUGAGUUUUUUGAUUCAUUAAAAAAUAUCGUCCACAAUGGACGACGGCGGACAAAGGCGAAAAUGGGAGUAUUGUUGGAUUGCGCUAUGCUACUCUUUGCUGUUGUGCUUCGUGGAGCACGUUUUCGGUCAGAUAAGGUAUUCUGUCCCCGAGGAGAUGAAAGAAGGUUCAGUUGUGGGAAACAUUGCUAAAGAUUUGGGUCUUGAUGUCAACACUUUGAUGGACAGACGAUUACGUAUCGUUUCUGGAUCUAAGGACGCGCUUUUCAAGGUAAACCCGGACAAUGGAAUAUUAUACGUUGAAAAGAAAAUCGACAGAGAAAAAAUAUGUGACGGUGAUUAUGUCUGCUUGCUAAACAUAAAAAUUGCUGUUGAGAAUCCACUUAAUAUUCAUUACAUUGGAAUUGAAAUAACUGAUAUCAACGAUCACGCGCCCAGUUUUGCAGAUGAACACUUACAUUUAGAAGUAGCAGAAAAUAAAGCUCCAGGUGCGCGACUUGAUUUGCAACCAGCGCGUGAUACAGAUAUUGGAGUUAAUUCUAUUAGAACUUACAAAUUAAGUCAUAAUGAACAUUUUACUUUAGAAAUAAGAGAUGUUGUUGAGGAUAAAAUUCCGUCGCUUGUGUUACAAAAAUAUUUGGAUCGGGAAAGUGUCCAUGAACAUCGAUUACUUUUAACGGCACUAGACGGUGGAAAUCCACCAAAAUCUGGGACUCUUAACAUAACUAUAACUGUCCUUGAUAUAAAUGACAAUCAGCCUGUGUGCAGUCAAGAUGUUUAUUCUUUAUCUUUACCUGAAAACGUCUCUGUCGGGAAGGUUGUAAUGAGAGUGAAUGCUACUGACCCGGAUGAAAGCAGCAAUGGAGAAGUAGAGUAUUCAUGGGGUAGAAAUACAAAAAGUAAAAUCCAAGAUAUUUUUCAUGUAGACCACAUUUCUGGUGAAAUUAAAGUCAAAACGGAGAUCGAUUUUGAGGAUAUUCAGAUUUAUAGAUUAAACAUACAAGCUUCUGAUAAAGGACAGCCUCCGCUCUCUGUCGACUGCAGGGUUAUCAUCAAAAUAAUAGACGUGAACGACAAUAAACCUGAAAUAGAAGUAACCUCAAUACUAAACAUUGUUCCAGAGGACUCUAAACCAGGUACUGUUAUUUCUCUGAUAAGUGUUACAGACAAAGACUCUGGAAUUAAUGGCAAAGUCGUUUGUAGCAUCUCAGGUGCUUUGCCAUUUGAGCUAAAGCCAUCUGUUGAAGAUAAUGUGUAUUCAUUAAUUACAAGUAAAACCUUAGACAGAGAGCUCAUAUCCCAUUAUGAUAUUUUAUUAACAGCUAAAGACAUGGGCCAACCUGCUUUCUCUUCUUUUAAAUCUCUGAAUGUGCAGAUAUCAGACAUAAAUGAUAACCUUCCACAAUUUCCUCAAAAUCCACUUGAACUUUACUUAAUAGAAAACAAUGUUCCAGGUUCUUCCAUAUUCUCUGUGAGCGCAAUUGACAAAGACCUGAACGAAAAUGCGGAAAUCACGUAUCAAAUCAUUAAAGGUGAAACGAGGUCUAAUGACGUGUGGUCAGUUUUGAAUAUAAAUACAGAGACAGGUGUUAUACAUGCACUUAAGAGCUUUGAUUUCGAAAUGACAAAAACGUUCCAGUUCCACGUGGUCGCUACCGAUUCUGGAUCUCCGUCACUAAGCAGCAACGUCACAGUAAAAGUGUUCAUUCUGGAUCAGAACGAUAACGUUCCAGUGAUCUUGUAUCCAGUCAGCGCUAACGAAUCUGUUAAAGGUGUAGAGGAGAUUCCCCGCAAUGUCAAAGCAGGACAUUUGGUGACUAAAGUGAGAGCCUAUGACGCCGAUAUAGGAUACAACGGCUGGUUAUUAUUUUCACUGCAGGAAGUGAGUGACCACAGUCUCUUUGGUUUGGACCGAUAUACAGGACAGAUAAGGACCCUUCGACCUUUUACAGAAACAGACGAGGCAGAACAUAAACUGGUCAUACUGGUCAAAGACAAUGGAAACGUUUCACUUUCAGCAACGACGACUGUGAUUAUCAAACUUGUGGAGCCCAAAGAGGCCUUUGCAGCUUCUGAUGUUAAAAAUGCAGUAAAAGAAGAGGGAGAACAUAACGUUACAUUUUAUUUGAUAAUUACAUUGGGGUCUGUUUCAUUUCUUUUUAUCGUAAGUAUCAUCGUGCUGACUGUAAUGCAGUGCUCCAAAUCUACAAACUAUUCUUCCAAAUAUUUACAAGAUACAAAUUACGACGGGACGCUGUGCCACAGCAUCCAAUACAGAUCCGGAGAUAAACGCUACAUGUUAGUUGGACCCAGAACGAGUGUCGGUUCUACUAUAGUUCCAGGCAGUAAUGCGAAUACUCUGGUGAUUCAAGAUCACAGGAGGAGAACUUCUAUUGAGGUAAGUGGAUUCGAAGUAAUAACUGCAACGUUUUUAGCCUUUAUUAUUUAA